AAGCCCCUGAUGAAAAGCACAUGACUAACAUCCCAACAAUGCUUUUUCAAAUCUAGUCCCUGAGAUCUACAGAUGGUGUGAUCUCAGAGAGUCAAGAGCUCUUUGCUGAAACUGAACUUCUCGCUCUUACAGCAGAGGUUUUCCAUCGGUGGGGGUGUUUGGGGGCUUUUUAUUUUUUUUUCCUGGAGAGAGGAUGAUGCUGUUGCCUGUUCACUGGAAAUGUAUUGACUGAGGAUCCAACUCUCAGCCUUCCAGCUGGACCCCGCUGCUGCUCUGCUUACUGCGUGGGGUUUAAAGCAGGACACAAACACACCUGACAGCUAAGCUCUUCCUAGUUUGCUGUUCCACUGACCAGCCUUUCAACAAAAACCAUGAGGGUCUUCCUCCUGCUUUGCCUGUUGGCAUUAGGCAAUGCCAAACCCUACCAGCCAAUUAACAUCAUGGACUUAAUGAAAAACUAUGACAUCAUGAUGGCUGAUUCAGAUGACAAUGAUGAUGAUGGCGAUGACAACGAAUUAAACGAUGAAGACGACGAUGACGACGACGAUGAUGAUGACAAGGAUAAUUUUGAUGAUGAAGAUGAGAACUGUCCAACUGGUUGCCAUUGUUCACCCAGAGUGAUGCAGUGCUCAGACCAGGGUCUGAUCGCUGUUCCUGAGAAGAUCCCUGAGGACACUGUGUUGAUAGACCUUCAAAACAAUGAUAUCACUGAGAUCAAGGAGAAUGACUUUAAAGGCCUCCACAAGCUUUAUGGUCUGUUUCUGAUUAACAACAAGAUCUCUAAGAUUCACCCUAAAGCCUUCAAGAACAUGGACCAUCUCCGAUUGUUGUACCUCUCCUACAACCUGCUAACUGAGAUCCCUGCAAACCUUCCUCCCAAUGUCAUCGAGAUCCGCUUUCACGAAAACAAGAUCAACAGAGUCCAGAAGGAUGCAUUUAAGGGCCUGAGGAAACUUCAUGUACUAGAGCUGGGUGCCAACCCUCUGGCAAACAGUGGGAUUGAACUGGGAGCUUUUAAUGGCUUGUCGACUCUGUAUAUCGGAAUAGCAGAGGCCAAGCUAACUGCUAUACCAAAAGACUUCCCAUCCUCUAUCACAGAAAUGAGCCUGGACUACAACAAGAUCACGAAGGUGGAGGUAGAGGACUUCAUCAGAUACAAAAACUUGCAGAGGCUAGGACUAGGUUUUAACCAGAUUAAGUUUGUAGAGAAUGGCAGCUUUGUGAGCAUCCCAAAUGUCCGGACGAUCCACCUAGACAACAACCGUCUGAAGAAGGUCCCACCUGGCCUCAGUUCACUGCGCUACCUCCAGGUGAUUUUCCUUCAUGGAAACAAAAUCAGCAGUGUGGGAGUCAAUGACUUCUGUCCCACUGGGUCCAGUGUCAAGAAGAACCUGUAUACAGGCAUCAGUCUGUUCGCCAACCCUGUUAAGUACUGGGACAUCCAGCCAGCCACCUUCCGCUGUGUAACUGGACGAAGAGGUGUACAGCUCGGAAACUUCAGAAAGUAGUAGGGGGUUUAAAGAAAAGGAGGAGUUCUAGAAAUUAAAAAUGGAGAAGUGCCAAUAUCCAUGUUACACAGUAUACAAAAAACAUGAAACUCUUCACUGAAGCAUUAGCUGGUCAGGAAAUAGGAAGAUUUCAUGACACUGUCAUGUUGUUGAAUAAUUGUUCAUGUUCUAAGCCAAGAAGAGAAAACUAGUUUGGAUGUCGAUUCUGAUAAUGCCUAUUCAACCAUUAACUAAAACCAUGAGAAAAAAUACUCAGCUAUAGACGGCCUAUGGGGGGCUGGAUGAUUACAACAAGCUCUUGCAUGAAUACUUGUAUUGAUAUAGGGCCCAGUCUAUGUGUGUGAGGUGAUCAAUCCCAGCUCACCCUGGUCACCUUCAGAGCAAAACCACCCAUGAAUGGCAUUACAUGCAUAAGCCUCAGAAGAGCAGCACUCAGUGCUUCCCGUUGUAGCUCAAAAUUAAACCGACUUCAAUCGCAACAAACAAAAUGUAUCUUUUUUCUUACUUGAUAAAUAUCAUAUUUAUUUCUCCUUUUUUUUAAAGUUGAGACAGUGAAAUCACUUCCAGUCAGAGCUUUAGCUUAAAAUUCCUUUAAACUAAAACAUAUUUCCUUACAGUCAUUGGCUGUCUCCAUGUGGAUGUUUUAUAUUAUCUAAUUGCAUGUCUCUAUUGUUUUUAUUUGAAAGUUGAAAGCUACUUACUAGUCUGGGUAAUACCUUAACGUUAAAGUUUCAUCUGCAGGGUUAGGGAUUAUCUGUAACAAAUCAAAAUGUAACCCUAGCAGUCUGUUUGUUUUAAUAACCUUUAAUAAAAUGAACCACAAUUGAUUUUGAUGUAAUUGUUGAUGUAGACAAACUUGUCCCUGCUCCCUUAAUUUUCCUCAUCUGCAAUGGUGCUAUAUUUAUUUAGUAUGUCAUGAAAUAAACUUGGAACACCCCUUCCCAUCA